AUCCAUGAAAAAGAUAAAAAAUGUUCUGAAAGUGUUCAAAGUGAAAAGUUUGAGAAGAAAGACAAAGAUGGCAAUGUUGGACGCAGAAGAGGCUAUGCUCUGCAUCAGGGACGUAGAAGAUUCGAUAGCUGAAGAUAAACGAAAGCACAAGAAAUCUCUGGUCAGACUCUUCAAGGAGCAGAGAAAGGAAAAGAUCGAUCUUCGCCAGAGGAGCGAUCAAGAACUUGAAGAAGUGAACGAAGCCUGCAAUAAUUUAAGACGUGAGAUUGAGGAGGAUGCUGUUCGUGAGGAUGUUCUUGUCCGUUUGCAAGAUGAACUUGUCGCCAUGAGGGCACAGAUCAACCAACAGAAAAUCCGCAUCAGAGAGCUUGAGUCGGAGAAGAGACGUAUCGCCGUUAUAAAUACCAUCAAUAGAAGAUGUAGAGUACGAAAAUAUGGACAAUGACGUAUGUGUAGUGCAAAGUGUUAUUUUAUUGUUUUGUAAUAUCUUAGCGAAACAACUGUGAACGCGUUAUUUUAUGAAAAAGAUUCGGAAAACCUAGUCUUGUAUUG